CUAUAGCAACAUGUCUAUAGAACUUCUGAUCUCAGCGCAGGUAAAGGAAACAGGAGCAAAGAGACAUGAUUUCACUCCGAGCUCGUUGAGAGAACAAGUCUUUUCUUUAUUGUGAAGAAGUUCAGUGAGAAUUCAAAAUGCAGAAUUUUGGGUGGAAGGAUGAGGUGGUGUCUUUUUCAGUACCUGUGACACCUACAGAAAGCUCGAGAACAUCGGCAGAGACGCCCCAAACUGAGAAGAAGGGUGGUGCAAGCAGAAUCGUGAAAUGGUGUUUCUGGAGAAAGAACAAGGAGCAUCCUGCAGCCUUUACAGAAAAUUCCAAUGAGAUGAUGCUUGAGGGAAACAUAAAGAGUCCGAGUCCAACUCCCUCUGAGGAAAACAUACAGAGUCAGAGUCCAGCUGCCUCUGGGGGAACCAUAAAGAGACCGAUUCCAACUGCCUCUGGGGGAACCAUACAGAGUCCAAGUCCAACUCCCUCUGAGGAAAACGUACAGAGUCAGAGUCCAACUGCCUCUGGGGGAACCAUACAGAGUCCAAGUCCAAGUCCCUCUGAGGAAAACAUAAAGAGACCGAUUCCAACCGCCUCUUGGGGAACCAUAAAGAGUCCAAGUCCAACUCCCUCUGGGGGAACCACAAAGAGUCCAAGUCCAACUCCCUCUGGGGGAACCAUAAAGAGACCGAUUCCAACCGCCUCUGGGGGAACCAUAAAGAGCCCAAGGCCAACUCCCUCUGUGGGAACCAUAAAGAGUCCAAGUCCAACUCCCUCUGGGGGAACCAUAAAGAGUCCAAGUCCAACUCCCUCUGAGGAAAACAUACAGAGUCAGAGUCCAACUGCCUCUGGGGGAACCAUAAAGAGACCGAUUCCAACUGCCUUUACGGGAACCAUAAAGAGACCGAUUCCAACUGCCUUUACGGGAACCAUAAAUAGACCGAUUCCAACUGCCUUUGGGGGAACCAUAAAGAGACCGAUUCCAACUGCCUUUACGGGAACCAUGAAGAGACCGAUUCCAACUGCCUUUGGGGGAACCAUAAAGAGACCGAUUCCAACUGCCUUUACGGGAACCAUGAAGAGACCGAUUGCAACUGCCUCUGGGGGAACCAUAAAGAGUCCAUGUCCAACUCCCUCUGAUGGAAUCAUAAACAUCAUGACUUCAAUUUAUACUCUGUUCCCUGACACAGACUUUGACUCAGAACUGCUCCCUGGAGGGUUGCCUAAUUUUCUAAGCAACUGCUACAUUAAUGCAAGUCUGCAGUGUCUGUUCACCGCCGAGAGUUUCUGCAGAGAGCUCUCCGACCUGCUGGACAAUUCUACACACACACUGGAGGACUCAUUCCUCAGAUGUUUUGUGGAGUUGUUGAGGUUGAGAAACAGCUCUGAAGUUCAAGGUGACCGCAAGAAGGGUUUGCUCCUCCAGGCCCUGAUGAAAUCAGCUGCACACUACAACCCAGAAUUCACCAUCGACAUCCAGAAUGAUGCUCAUGAAUUCCUCUGCUACUGUCUGACCCAAAUGGAGGAGUCUGGGCGAAAGCUGGGUUGGCAAGAGGAUGUGAACCCUAGAUGUCCAGUCACGUCCAAUUUCAAGUUCAAGAUGAGGAACAUUAUAACCUGCUCCAGCUGUGGAUCCCAACAGAACAACAACGUGGAAGUGUUUAAUCAUGUCUCUGUGCCCCUGAAGCACGACUCAGUGGACCAGUGCCUCUCUGACGUAGUUCAUAAGCGGACAUUGUUAGAGAGCAAGUGCGAGGUGUGUGGAGGAGACUCUGCCAGCUCCAGGUGGACGUUCCACACUCUGCCCAGGUUUCUGAUUCUGCAGUUGAACAGGUUCAGGAUGACGAAACGUUACACAGUGCAAAAGGUGGAGACGCCAGUGGACAUCACACCUGAGCUGCAGAUAAACUGCUUUCCUCAGUCAGACACGCCUGGAAUAGGUGCGUCACAUGCAAAGAACAGCAGAGCUGAGGCCAGAGAGACAGACAGAAAUGAACUGGUGAGAGAGAGACAGAGAGACACAAUGAAAGAUGAAGGUGGAUCAACCUCUACCUAUCGACUGAUCAGUGUACUCAACCACAUUGGAAGGACAGCAUGCUUUGGACAUUAUACGAGUGACUGUUCCAGUCACAGUUCUCACCAGUGGAAGAUCUAUGACGAUGAGCUGGUCAGGCUGACCAGUGAGACGGAUGUGUUAGAGAGGAGGUCGACCAGCGCCUAUGUGCUCCUCUAUGAGAGAGUGAGCACUGGCUGAAGCCCUUCCUCUUCUCCAGAAAGCCGCAAGAAGAUGGAUUUGUGGUGAGGGGUGUCAGGGCAAGUGAGAGUGGUGAUGGCAUAGGGGCACACAGGGUAAGACUAUAGAGCAUUUUGGUAAGUAUCUCUUGCGACGACCCUUUUGGUCUAGUGGACCUCGGAGGCAGAUGACGUUAAUAAAGCUCCACUGGUGUAGCAGGUGUCUGUUGCAGCCAGACUUUCUGCACCUGUGUGUUCGGCCUCUUGGACCGGUGAGCGGCUCGAUAACUGCACAGUAGCAAUCCAGGAAGUGAUCCUGAACUCUAGAGCCGAUAGUACGCAGGCCAUGUAUGCUCUAGGUUCCCUUUUGAGCCUGGUUCCUCUCAAGGUUUCUUCCUCGUCAUCUGAGGGAGUUAUUCCUCGCCUCCGGCUUGCUCAAUAGGAAUUUAAAUGUAUAUCCAGAGUUCUGGCAAGCCACACCACUGUCACUUUAUGAUGGCAUGCAUGCGCUAACACACUACUCGGGUAUUAGACACCACCCCUGGCGUUUAUCCAAUCUUCACAGCAAGCUCAAGAUCUAUUACCAGUAAUUUCGAUUUAAUUUCAAUGUCUGCAGCUUUAAAAAUAAAUUGCGUUCUCAAAUCUUGCAGUACGUGUUUUCUUUUAGCCUAUUUUGUAAUCCUGUACAAACCCGAACAGCCUAUGCUUUAGCGCAGGGUGACAAAACAUCUUUCUCUGAUGUAUCUUAGCUUCCUUUGUCCAUCCUGCCAGACCAAUAAAGCCACACUAACCUUCCAUGCAUGGAAAACAUAAACCGGGGUUUAAAUUUAGACAAUGAAACAUGCUGUU